AUGUUGUAUGCAUGCAUCCUCGCAUUCUGUAUCGUUGCAAAGGUGGCCAGCUACUGGCGUUCGCAUCAAGCUAGGCAAUACCCUCCAGGACCUCCUGCGGUACCGUUCAUCGGAAACCUCAAAGACUUACCCCGCGAGAAUGAAGUGGCGGUCUAUGCACAAUGGGCCAAACAAUACGGCGAUUUAGUGCAUAUCGAGGUCUUGGGGCGACAUAUCGUGUUUGUGAACUCGAUCCGUGUGGCAAACGACCUCUUUGAGAAACGGUCUGCAAACUACUCCGACCGUAAUGCCCUACCCAUGAUCAACGAUCUAAUGGGAUGGGACUGGUCAUUUGGACAUAUGCCGUACGGUGACCGAUGGAGAGCGCAUAGGAAAAUGUUCCAUACCCAAUUCCAACCGUCGUCUGUGUCCCAGUUUUGGCCCAUUCAACUCAAGGAAGCCCAUGCCAUCCUUCGCCGACUCUUGGACGAACCAGACGCACUAAUUGAUCACCUUCGCCUCAACGCUGCAAGCAGCAUUAUGAAAGUUGUUUACGGCAUCGAUGUUGUUCCAAAAGAUGAUUACUAUAUCACAAUCGCAGAACGCGCGCUCGAUGGUAUGGCCAAGGCGGCUAGCCCAGGAGCAUUCCUGGUUGAUAUUCUCCCCAUCCUCAAAUAUGUACCAGCUUGGUUUCCAGGCGCGAGCUUCCAGAAGAAAGCGAAGGAAUGGAAGAAAGUUACAUUAGAGAUGCGAGACGCCCCUUUCAACUCCGUCGCCGCAUCAAUGGCCGAGGGCACAGCUUCACCGUGCUUCGUCUCUAAUCUACUGAACGACAUUGACACGGACGCUGCCAGUCAGCGCGAAAUAAUCAAAGGCUGUGCUGGACUUGCAUAUGCCGCUGGUGCCGAGAGUGAGGUAUCUUCGUUAUCAUGUUUUGUGCUGGCAAUGGUCCUCUAUCCAGAAGUGCAAUCAAAAGCCCAAGCAGAGCUUGAUAGAGUGGUUGGGGAUAAACGACUCCCCGUGUUUAGCGAUCGCGAUUCACUUCCGUACAUCGACGCACUAGUCAAAGAAGUGCUACGGUGGAACCCUGUCGCACCAUUAGGACUCCCUCAUAUGGCCACCAAUGAUGAUGAAUACAAUGGCUACUUUAUCCCGGCAGGUACAACCGUCAUAGGGAAUACAUGGACAAUACUUCAUGACCCCGAAAUGUUUCCUCAUCCCGAACGUUUCUCUCCUGAGCGGUUCUUACGCAUGCCACAUCCCAAAAGUCCUGGGGCAAGGUUGGAUCCGAAUGUUGAUCCAGUUUCACCGGCCUUCGGAUACGGGAGACGCAUAUGUCCUGGAAGGUUUAUGGCGGAAGGACACUUAUGGAUCCAUAUAGCAUCGAUCCUGUCGGUUUUUAACAUUCGCCAGGCCGUGGAUGUGUUCGGCCAACGAAUCAAGGUUGAAGCCCUGUUUGACACAGGCAUGAUAAGGUUCUGCGAGAUCGUGCCGCGCAGCAAGGCAGCACAGGCGUUGAUCGAACAGACAGCCCUGCUGUCGUAG